AUGGCCGUGGUUCCUGCUCAAUCUCUCCGGGUUUCGGAUAUCCGAGACCCGACGGUUCUGUUCGAGCGGUACAACACGGAGGAGAUACGCGGCAUCGAGCGGAAAGUCCGUGGAGAAAUCGAGCACAAGAAGGAGGAACUUCGUCAGAUGGUGGGCGAGCGGUACCGCGAUCUGAUCGAUGCCGCCGACACCAUCGGAGAGAUGAGGCAGUGUUCGGAGAGCGUAGUUACGUCCAUCCAGGACAUGCACCGCUACUGCCACAAGCUGAAACAGGGGAAAAGCGUUCCCCAAAGCAACAGCAAAGAAGAGGUAUGUGGAUCCAUUGUGAAACUAGCGAGCUAACGUUACUUGGCGGUGGUGAUGGCUCACUAGUUCUGUUGAUGUAGAUAGCAAAUGUUCUGUACCAUUCCCUGAUCCCUUCUGGACAGUUUAUGAUGAUUAGACUCAGACAGGUUCCACCCAUUGUGAGAUUGUGAUUUGAAUCGUAUAUGUAAAUGAUGGGUGUGUCUGUGUGGGUUUCAAUAUCUACACCUUAUAUCUCUGUGUGAUUGUCUCUCUGCCUGUCCCUUUACUUACUCAUGUAACGUAGCCUAUCUUAGGCCAUCUGUCUCUCCAGGUCCAGAGGCAGUCCCAGGAGAAGUUCUACACCAUGGGCUCUCAGAUCAAUCACUGUGUAUCCCUGUGUUUCUCUCUGUCUGUGCCUGCAUGUGUUUAUAAUCUCUCUCUCUCUGUCUCUCCAGGUCCAGAGGCAGUCCCAGGAGAAGUUCUACACCAUGGCCUCUCAGAUCAAGCUGCUGCUGGAGAUCCCAGAGAGGAUUUGGAGUUCCAUGGAGGCCUCUCAGUACCUGCAGGCAAAUACACUUAUUACUAAGACAGUGGACUGUUAGCAUUUUCUCAAUAGAAGACAUGUUAUACUUUACCGUCAUGCUAAUACUAGCUGGUCAAUGAUCAAUGAUGUAUGUAAACCCACAUCGUUGGGCAUGGCUAAUGCUAACAAACAAACUCUUGGUUUAACGGACACUCCUGACCAGCCAACCGAUAUUUAAUUUCAGAAUUGGUUAAGGUCAGGGUUUAGGUAAGGGUCAGUUUUAGAGUUUGGGUAGUCAGGCUGGCAAUGGGAUGCUGGUGAGAAAAGUCCUUAUAGCCUCUCUCUGCUUUACCACCCUCUUUGCUGCAGGCCACCCAGCUUUACCUGCUCUGCUGCCACCUGCACAGACAGCUUCAUCUGGAGGCUGGAGGACCACAGUACAGCCCCGUCCUCGCUCGCUUCCCAAUCCUGGUCAGGCAGGUGGCUGCUGCUGGACACUUCAGGUGAAUGUCAUUUUGGAUGAGGAAGCCGAUUUAUCAAUUCUGGAUUUUCUGUGAAAUUGAAGAGCCUACCGAGCAGGGCUAGGAGCACCACAUUCAAUUUAGGAGCACCACAUUCAAUUUAGGAGCACCACAUUCAAUUUAGGAGCACCAGAAAAUAAGAUGUUUUAAAUUGAUUGAGAUUCAGCCUACAAGAAUUCUAGCUACUUAUGAAGCACAUGUUGUACCCUAGAAACGAAUAUGUGACACUGUAAAGACAGUUUAUUAUAAAAUAUAAAAUGUUGAUACGAAUACCUGUCAUUGAAAUUACAAAGUCAUUUUUGGAGUAUUACAUUUCUACAUUGUGUAAAAGCACUAUCUUCCUAUUGAGAUGCAUUACAUUGAAAAUUGUACACUGUCUCUUUAAAAACGUCAGGUUUGUGAUGAUGACAAGCAAGAGAUCCAUUCAUUUGAUCAGUUAUCUCCUAAAAAAGCUAUCCCUUUCUUUCUGUGCCCCAAAUGUUUGGUAAAGUCCUGUGUAGCUCAGUUGGUAGAGCAUGGCGUUUGCAACCCCAGGGUUGAAAUGUAUGCACUCACUAACUGUAAGUCGCUCUGGAUAAGAGCGUCUGCUAAAUGACUAAAAUGUAAAUGUAAAGUUACCAGGUUGUUAGCUAGCUAGCCAAUGAGGUAACAUGACUGAACAAAGUGUAAACAAACAGUUAAUGACAAGCGAGUAGUUUUAGAACAACCCAUGGUUUAUGAAUGUAAAAUGAGGUCCCGGUGAUUCACAUUUACAUUUACAUUAUUUAGCAGACGCUCUUAUCCAGAGCGACUUACAAAUUGGUGCAUUCAACUUAGGAUAGCCAGUGGGACAACCACUUAAUUUUUUUAUGAGGGGGGUGGGGAAGAGAAAAACAUUGCGCCGGUAAUAUGGGUCAGAUCUUUUGACCUGGUUCUGCUAGAAACAAGAUGUGUUUGCUGUAGUAAUGGUGCAACCAUGACCCUAAUGAAUCUGCACUUUCGCUUUCUUCUCUAGGGCACUCUGAAACAACUGUACAGCGAAGCCUUUUUUAGUACAACAAUUAUUAUCUGGGAGAUUAUUUUCCUAGUUGCACAGUGCUCCCAAAAUCCUGCUGAGCUGAAACAAAACAAUAAUAUGCAUCUCUCUCUCUCUCUCUUCCACCCCCUCCCCCAGGUCCACCAUUUUGCUGGACAGUAAGUCAGUUCUGCGUGGUCGGGCGGUGUCGGACCAGGCCAUCGCUGAAGCCCUAGUGUCCACCAUGCUCCUGGAGGACAGCUCUCCACGCCAGGCUCUGGCUGACUUCCUCCUGGCUAGGAAGGCCUCUAUCCAACAGCAACUCAACCAGCCACAACAUGGUACUAGUAUAUACCAGUGUACCACAACACAAUUCUAGAUACACCAGUAGUACACAAACAUCCUACACAAACAACACUAACAUCCUCACACUACAAACACAACAUCUACACAAUACAACAACAUGCCAUACACAAUACCAACACAUCCUACACAAUACCAACACAACAUCUACACAAUACACAAACACAACAUCCACACUAAACAACACUACAUCCAACAUAAUCAACACAACACUAAUCCUACACAAUACACAACACUAACAUACUACAAAACAACAAUCCUACAAACAACACAACAUCCUACACAAUACAACACAAAUCCACAAACAACAACAUCACACAAUACACAACACACACAUAACAACAUACAACAAUACACAACACAACAUCCUACAAAUAAAACACACACAAUACAAACACACAUACACACAAACACACAAUACAACAACACUAACAAUCAAACACACAUCACAAACAACAACACAAAUCCUACACAAUACAACACAACAUCCUACACAAUACAAACCAACACUACACACCAACAUCCUACAAACACACACAACCCACAAACACCUACAUCCUACACAAUACACAACCCUACAUCCUACAUAAUACAACACAACAUCCUACACAAUACACAACCCUACAUCCUACACAACAUCCUACACAAUACACAACCCUACAUCCUACACAACACUACAUCCUACACAAUACAACACUACAUCCUACACAAUACACAACACAACAUCUUACACAAUACAACACAACAUCCUACACAAUACACAACUCAACAUCCUACACAAUACACAACCCUACAUCCUACACAACACAACAUCCUACACAAUACAACACUACAUCCUACACAAUACAACACUACAUCCUAUACAAUACACAACACUACAUCCUACACAAUACAACACAAUACACUACACAACAUCCCAGCUAGUCAACAGGCAGACCACAACAUGGUGUUAUACCAAAAAUAAUACAAAUAUUACAGCUGUGACACUUCUACUCAAAGUCAACAUGCAAUUUUAUCACACUUUCAUGAUUGCAUGUUGGGAUGUUUUUGUUAAACCACUUAAUCUCUGUUCAGUGGACUGGUGUGGUGUUUCAGGUUUACAGCCAUGACUGUCUGUGUUCCAGGUGCUGGUAUUAAGGCCCAGGUGUGUAGCCUGGUGGAGCUCCUUGUGACCACUCUGUACCAGGCCUACGCUGUCUUCUACGUACCCCCAGAAGGGAGUCCCCGGCUGGGGGACGGAGGGCUGAGCUCCGGCCUCCUCUUCACCACUCUGGAGAACGUCACCUCCACCACGCCUGCAGGUACAUUACCUAUGAUGCCUUGCAAGAAAUGGUUGAAGGAAAAAGUACUUUCAUCCCAUUUUAGUCCCAAACUGCUCUUGAGCCCCAAAGGGUACCAAAACAUUUCUGCAGCAUUGAAGAUCCCCAAGAACACAGUGGCCUCCAUCAUUCUUAAAUGGAAGAAGUAUGGAACCACCAAGACUCUUCCUAGAGCUGGCCUCCCGACCAAACUGAGCAAUCGGGGGAGAAGGGCCUUGGUCAGGGAGGUGACUAAGAACCUGAUGGUCACUCUGACAGAGCUCCAGAGUUCCUCUGUGGAGUUGGGAGAACCUUCCAGAAGGACAACCAUCUCUGCAGCACUCCACCAAUCAGGCCUUUAUGGUAGAGUGGCCAGACGGAAGCCACUCCUCGAUAAAAGGCACAUGACAGCCCGCUUGGAGUUUGCCAAAAGGCACCUAAAGGACUCUCAGACCAUGAGAAACAAGUUUCUCUGGUCUGAUGAAACCAAGAUUGAACUCUUUGGCCUGAAUGGCAAGCGUCACGUCUGGAGGAAACCUGGCACCAUCCUUACGGUGAAGCAUGGUGGUGGCAGCAUAAUGCUGUGGGGAUGUUUUUCAGCGGCAGGGACUGAGAGACUAGUCAGGAUCGAGGGAAAGAUGAACGGAGCAAAGUACAGAGAGAUCCUUGAUGAAAAUCUGCUCCAGAGCGCUCAGGACCUCAGACUGGGGCAAAGGUUCACCUUCCUAUAGGACAACGACCCUAAGCACACAGCCAAGACAACGCAGAAGUGACUUCGGGACAAGUCUCUGAGUACUUAUGUAAAUGUGAUAUUUCCGUUUUUAUUUUUAUACAUUUGCAAACAUUUCUAAAAACCUGUUUUUGCUUUGUCAUUAUGGGGUAUUGUGUGUAGAUUGAUGAGGGAAAACCAACUAUUUAAUCAAUUUUAGAAUAAGGCUGUAACAUAACAAAAUGUGGAAAAAGUCAAGGGGUCUGAAUACUUUCUGAAUGCACUAUAUAUCCGACAGUAUACCAUGGGUAUAUUGUAAAGACACAAAAAUACUUGUUUACGGUUAGAUUUUUGUUGGUAACCAGUUUAUAAUAGCAAAAAGGCACAAUAUACCACCCCACCCCGGCCUUAUUGCGUAAGUAUAGAACUGUUGACAUCUUGUGUGAACCUGUCCUUCUGGUCUCACCUGUGUCCCCUGUUGUCCAGGUAAAGGGAGGCGUGUCCUUCAGGAGGAGGUGAGUACAGGUAGCUGGUUCAAGUACCUCCCCUCCUCCAUCACUGAGUUCCAGCCCGCCCUCAGAACCCUGGCUCAGCCAAUCCAGAGAGAGCAGCUCAGAGACACCCUACAACAGUGGAUCAACAUGUAAGACAUCAUCCAAUCAAUGCCCUUUACUUUGCUUAUAGAAAAAGCUGCCAUAUUUCAGCCAAUCACUGCCCUUCAUUUCAACAGCUGAUAUUCAAUAGCUAUCAUAAUCAGCUGUAGAACAAGAAUGAGAUUAGUAAGGAGAGUCGGUGAUCUGUGACCAGAAAAAUCCAGGUUCUUCAGGAACUAUAUCUGCUCUGGGAACUAAAUGGACCAAAAUGGAACGGGGGUCAAUGGAAAUGAUUAGAACAGCUGACUCCUAUGUGUUCUAUCUGGCCUUUUUUCUAGGCUCUAUCUCAAUUCAUCUGGCCUCGAUUCCUCACAUCCUAUUGGAGAAAAAGGUCCAAGGUCCCUCCCUUGGACCUUCUCCUCCAAUGCAUUUAUAGAAGGAGGCGAGUAACCGAGCAAAGUUUGAAUUAAGAAAGAGCCGGACGGUAAAUCACAAACCUACCAACUCGCUCGGAGGGCCCUCCGUUGUCACGUGUUGCUGACGAAACUCCGAGGGUGACUUCCAGACAGUGGUGAGGUGAUUUUAAUAAACCCUUCAACUUGGAGACACACUCGUGACUUGAAUGAUGUAAUUCAUGUUCCACUUGUUAAAUAAUAUAAAACGAGCAUGAAUUCUAAUGAACAAAAACUCCCUGUUGUUUUACAAGAUAUAAACCUCAGUAACAGGUAACCCUUUAAACUUGUAUAGGGGUUGAAAAUGGCAGAUUUGGACACUGAUAAGCAUCUAAAUUGGAACACAGUGGCUGUACAGUAACAUGCUAUACAUGACGUCAGAGCUCAGCGGCUGUACAGUAACAUGCUAUACAUGACGUCAGAGCUCAGUGGCUGUACAGUAACAUGCUAUACAUGACGUCAGAGCUCAGCGGCUGUACAGUAACAUGCUAUACAUGACGUCAGAGCUCAGCGGCUGUACAGUAACAUGCUAUACAUGACGUCAGAGCUCAGCGGCUGUACAGUAACAUGCUAUACAUGACGUCAGAGCUCAGCGGCUGUACAGUAACAUGCUAUACAUGACGUCAGAGCUCAGCGGCUGUACAGUAACAUGCUAUACAUGACGUCAGAGCUCAGCGGCUGUACAGUAACAUGCUAUACAUGACGUCAGAGCUCAGUGGCUGUACAGUAACAUGCUAUACAUGACGUCAGAGCUCAGUGGCUGUACAGUGACAUGCUAUACAUGACGUCAGAGCUCAGUGGCUGUACAGUAACAUGCUAUACAUGACGUCAGAGCUCAGUGGCUGUACAGUAACAUGCUAUACAUGACGUCAGAGCUCAGUGGCUGUACAGUAACAUGCUAUACAUGACGUCAGAGCUCAGCGGCUGUACAGUAACAUGCUAUACAUGACGUCAGAGCUCAGCGGCUGUACAGUAACAUGCUAUACAUGACGUCAGAGCUCAGCGGCUGUACAGUAACAUGCUAUACAUGACGUCAGAGCUCAGUGGCUGUACAGUAACAUGCUAUACAUGACGUCAGAGCUCAGUGGCUGUACAGUAACAUGCUAUACAUGACGUCAGACCUCUGGCUCUGUGCUUCACAGCUCUGUAUGGGUUUUGACUGACAGCCGUUCUGAACUUCAGCACCGCGCGUGACAACAAGUUGCCCCAAUCCCUCCCGCUAAUGUUGUUGACUGAGUGAGGGAAAUGCUGUAAAUUAAGAGGACUCUAUGUAUUUAGAAAGAGGAGACAUUGAGGACUAUAGUAAAUACUGCUUUGAUGUCAUAUUAGAAAGCCAAAGAUCCGUGAGUCUAAAUGUUUACAUUUCCAUAUCAUCAAACUCAUGUUAUAUACAGUGUCAACGUGUAUGAUCACUACGUUUGAUACCCUGGGUUGUCCUGAACAGAAUGAGCCUAUGUUUGUUGUAUUGUGAAGAAAAUUGAAACGCACUCAUGACACCAUUCUAUGUCAAAAUUACAAUCUGCUUCUCUGAAUUGCCUUGUGAAAGCCUAACACUGUAAUAUCCUAUUUUAUAACUUAGCUAGUCAUGUUGGCAAUAGAACAAGCUUUCAAAUGAUGCCCACCUGACCCAGAUUGCGAUUUAUAAUGGACCAAUAUUUGGAUUGCGUAAACAACAACAGUAAUUGUGUAAAGGCGGAGAUGCAGGGCUGUGUUCCAAACAAAACAACUACAAGUGUCCUUGCUCUAGUUCCUCAACAGCACAGCUAGGAGAGCUCAAAAAAAGCACCUUAUAGUUGAAGACUUUGAGUCAUAAAAGUGCAUUAGAAUUAGUUAGGAACUGUGAACACUUUGGAGAGGUGUGUGGUCACUUGGAGACACCAGUUAGUCCUCUCACUCAAAUCCUUUAAAAAUGUUUGUCUUAUGUUGCACCUACAACACAUUUUACAGGAAUAUUAUCAUGUUACUGAAUAUAUCCAGACUUUUUCAGAUUUCAUUAUCAACAAAUACGGCUAAAAGUACAUGUAAAAUGCACAUAAAAUCAACAGUGUGAUUUUUGGAUUCAGUCUUGUAUCAGGUGAACUGUUGUGUCCUCAAUUUUGGUAGAAUAAUUUUCCCAUAAUCUCCCAACUGUUCCCUUUUAAUUGUUACCAUGGUUAUGCAUUCCAUAUUUAUACAGUAAGAAACAUUUCAAUGUAGCCCAAUCCAUAUAGGCCAAUUUCCAAGAGUGUAAAGGGGUUAAACAUUUAAUUUGGGAGGUAUUUCGUAUUUUACUUUUGUCCUUUGUCCUUGUUUACUUGUGUUUACUUGUUGUAUUAUUUCUCCCAGUUGUAAGGAGGACAUCUGUAACGGUGUUAGCAGUCUGGUGGUCUAUGUGAAUAAUCUGAAGGGCCUAGCCUCCAUCAGAGAUGCCGUGUGGGACCUCCUCUCCACCGACUCCAUCAGUCAACACUGGAGCUUCGUCUGCCAGCGGCUGUUAGAGCGCCCCCUAGCGCUGUGGGAGGACUUCCUACAGCAGCUCUUCCUACAACGCCUGCAGGUAGACCAGCUGCCGCCCGUUUCCAGGACACAGAGUUAAACCUAGUCCCUUGACUACCCUCGUCCCCAGGCCUUUGAUUGUGGAACGCUUGGAAGGCUGUGGUGUGGGUUCCUGGAGGAGGAGCAACCUUCUGUUGAGAAUCUCUGGUUGACCAUGCUGUUCAAGUCCAGGACUAAGACUAACGCUGUGUCCCUGUUAUAAAAAGCACAGUGGCUGUACAGUAACAUGCUAUACAUGAACGUCAGAGCUCAGCGGCUGUACAGUAACAUGCUAUACAUGACGUCAGAGCUCAGUGCUGUACAGUAACAUGCUAUACAUGGACGUCAGAGCUCAGCGGCUGUACAGUAACAUGCUAUACAUGACGUCAGAGCUCAGCGGCUGUACAGUAACAUGCUAUACAUGACGUCAGAGCUCAGGGCUGUACAGUAACAUGCUAUACAUGACGUCAGAGCUCAGCGGCUGUACAGUAACAUGCUAUACAUGACGUCAGAGCUCAGCGGCUGUACAGUAACAUUGCUAUACAUGACGUCAGAGCUCAGCGGCUGUACCAGUAACAUGCUAUACAUGACGUCAGAGCUCAGUGGCUGUACAGUAACAUGCUAUACAUGACGUCAGAGCUCAGUGGCUGUUACAGUGACAUGCUAUACAUGACGUCAGAGUCAGUGGCUGUACAGUAACAUGCUAUACAUGACGUCAGAGCUCAGUGGCUGUACAGUAACAUGCUAUACAUGACGUCAGAGCUCAGUGGCUGGACAGUAAACAUGCUAUACAUGACGUCAGAGCUCAGCGGCUGUACAGUAACAGGCUAUACAUGACGUCGAGCUCAGCGGCUGUACAGUAACAUUGCUAUACAUGACGUCAGAGCUCAGCGGCUGUACAGUAACAUGCUAUACAUGACGUCAGAGCUCAGUGGCUGUACAGUAACAUGCUAUACAUGACGUCAGAGCUCAGUGGCUGUACAGUAACAUGCUAUACAUGACGUCAGACCUCUGGCUCUGUGCUUCACAGCUCUGUAUGGGUUUUGACUGACAGCCGUUCUGAACUUCAGCACCGCGCGUGACAACAAGUUGCCCCAAUCCCUCCCGCUAAUGUUGUUGGACUGAGUGAGGGAAAUGCUGUAAAUUAAGAGGACUCUAUGUAUUUAGAAAGAGGAGACAUUGAGGACUAUAGUAAAUACUGCUUUGAUGUCAUAUUAGAAAGCCAAAGAUCCGUGAGUCUAAAUGUUGACAUUUCCAUAUCAUCAAACUCAUGUUAUAUACAGUGUCAACGUGUAUGAUCACUACGUUUGAUACCCUGGGUUGUCCUGAACAGAAUGAGCCUAUGUUUGUUGUAUUGUGAAGAAAAUUGAAACGCACUCAUGACACCAUUCUAUGUCAAAAUUACAAUCUGCUUCUCUGAAUUGCCUUGUGAAAGCCUAACACUGUAAUAUCCUAUUUUAUAACUUAGCUAGUCAUGUUGGCAAUAGAACAAGCUUUCAAAUGAUGCCCACCUGACCCAGAUUGCGAUUUAUAAUGGACCAAUAUUUGGAUUGCGUAAACAACAACAGUAAUUGUGUAAAGGCGGAGAUGCAGGGCUGUGUUCCAAACAAAACAACUACAAGUGUCCUUGCUCUAGUUCCUCAACAGCACAGCUAGGAGAGCUCAAAAAAAGCACCUUAUAGUUGAAGACUUUGAGUCAUAAAAGUGCAUUAGAAUUAGUUAGGAACUGUGAACACUUUGGAGAGGUGUGUGGUCACUUGGAGACACCAGUUAGUCCUCUCACUCAAAUCCUUUAAAAAUGUUUGUCUUAUGUUGCACCUACAACACAUUUUACAGGAAUAUUAUCAUGUUACUGAAUAUAUCCAGACUUUUUCAGAUUUCAUUAUCAACAAAUACGGCUAAAAGUACAUGUAAAAUGCACAUAAAAUCAACAGUGUGAUUUUUUUGGAUUCAGUCUUGUAUCAGGUGAACUGUUGUGUCCUCAAUUUUGGUCGAAUAAUUUUCCCAUAAUCUCCCAACUGUUCCCUUUUAAUUGUUACCAUGGUUAUGCAUUCCAUAUUUAUACAGUAAGAAACAUUUCAAUGUAGCCCAAUCCAUAUAGGCCAAUUUCCAAGAGUGUAAAGGGGUUAAACAUUUUAAUUUGGGAGGUAUUUCGUAUUUUACUUUUGUCCUUUGUCCUUGUUUACUUGUGUUUACUUGUUGUAUUAUUUCUCCCAGCUGUAAGGAGGACAUCUGUAACGGUGUUAGCAGUCUGGUGGUCUAUGUGAAUAAUCUGAAGGGCCUAGCCUCCAUCAGAGAUGCCGUGUGGGACCUCCUCUCCACCGACUCCAUCAGUCAACACUGGAGCUUCGUCUGCCAGCGGCUGUUAGAGCGCCCCCUAGCGCUGUGGGAGGACUUCCUACAGCAGCUCUUCCUACAACGCCUGCAGGUAACCAGCUGCCCCGUUUCCAGGACACAGAUUAAACCUAGUCCUGGACUAACCUCGUCCCCAGGCUUUGAUUGUGGACGCUUGGAAGGCUGUGUGUGGUUCCUGGAGGAAGGAGCACCUUCUGUGGAGAAUCUCUGUUGACCAUGCUUUUCAGUCCAGGACUAAGACUAAUCUGUGUCCAUGUUAUAAAAUAGAAAGGAGAGCUGACAGUUUAGAUGUUGUUAUUAAUAUUAUGUUGAUAUUCUCUUGUCAUGUGUAUUCUGUACACCCUGCUCCUCUCAUUACAUUGAGCUGUUCCUAUUCAGACAGUGGGGAACCUUUAGAAACAGGUUUAGCAACAGGUCUGUUUCCAUUCAGACAGUGGGGAACCUUUAGAAACAGGUUUAGCAACAGGUCUGUUUCCAUUCAGACAGUGGGGAACCUUUAGAAAAUGGACAACAGGUUUAACCUGCUGAUUAACUAGCUAGUAGCUACAGCUGACUUCUGUCUUCUAGCUAUCUAGUAAACUAAUUAUCCUCUCCAGAAUAGUUAUAAUCUGCUGACUGUCUCUCUCUCUCUCUCUCUCUCUCUCUCUCUCUCUCUCUCUCUCUCUCCAUCCAUUCUCUCCCUUCUUCCUCUCUCCUUCUCCCCUAUUUCUUCACUCUCGCUCAUCUCAUCUCCUUUUCUACCCCCCCCUUCCAUCUUCCUCCCUCCCUUCUCUCCCCCAGGCGAUCACCCAGGAGGGUACAGAGACUAUCUCCACCAGCUGCAGACAGCUCCUCUCCUCUGCCCUGAGAGAUCUAGAGGGCCAGCCCACCCCACCAGGCCCCAGCUCCAGCCCUCCCCUCCCCAGCAGAGGUGCUCUCUACGAGGCAGACGUGGCCUCCUUCCUGUGGUCCGAGGCCCAGGGGGACCUACUGAGCGACGCUGCCUGGGUCAGUGUAUCCCAACGGGGGCCACAGCACCGGAGCGGCCUGGCCAUGAAGACCCAGGCCCUGACACCCUGUGUCCAAAUAUUCUGUUCCUCACUGGAUGCUGCUCUCAGAGCCAGACUGGACGACGUGCAGCACUACCUGCCCUCUGAUAACACAGGUAGGGAGGCAGAUGGAUAACGUGCAGCACUACCUGUCCUCUGAUAACACAGGUAGGGAGGCAGAUGGAUAACGUGCAGCACUACCUGUCCUCUGAUAACACAGGUAGGGAGGCAUAUGGAUAACGUGCAGCACUACCUGUCCUCUGAUAACACAAGUAGGGAGGCAGAUGGAUAACGUGCAGCACUACCUGUCCUCUGAUAACACAGGUAGGGAGGCAGAUGGAUAACGUGCAGCACUACCUGUCCUCUGAUAACACAGGUAGGGAGGCAGAUGGAUAACGUGCAGCACUACCUGUCCUCUGAUAACACAGGUAGGGAGGCAUAUGGAUAACGUGCAGCACUACCUGUCCUCUGAUAACACAAGUAGGGAGGCAGAUGGAUAACGUGCAGCACUACCUGUCCUCUGAUAACACAGGUAGGGAGACAGAUGGAUAACGUGCAGCACUACCUGUCCUCUGAUAACACAGGUAGGGAGACAGAUGGAUAACGUGCAGCACUACCUGUCCUUUGAUAACACAGGUAGGGAGACAGAUGGAUAACAUGCAGCACUACCCUGUCCUCUGAUAACACAAGUAGGGAGACAGAUGGAUAACGUGCAGCACUACCUGUCCUCUGAUAACACAGGUAGGGAGACAGAUGGAUAACGUGCAGCACUACCCUGUCCUCUGAUAACACAGGUAGGGAGACAGAUGGAUAACGUGCAGCACUACCUGUCCUCUGAUAACACAGGUAGGGAGUCAGAUGGAUAACGUGCAGCACUACCUGUCCUCUGAUAACACAGGUAGGGAGACAAAUGGAUAACGUGCAGCACUACCUGUCCUCUGAUAACACAAGUAGGGAGGCAGAUGGAUAACGUGCAGCACUACCUGUCCUCUGAUAACACAGGUAGGGAGACAGAUGGAUAACGUGCAGCACUACCCUGUCCUCUGAUAACACAGGUAGGGAGACAGAUGGAUAACGUGCAGCACUACCUGUCCUCUGAUAACACAGGUAGGGAGUCAGAUGGAUAACGUGCAGCACUACCUGUCCUCUGAUAACACAGGUAGGGAGACAAAUGGAUAACGUGCAGCACUACCUGUCCUCUGAUAACACAGGUAGGGAGACAGAUGGAUUAUUGGUGGUCCCAUUAAAAUAAACUCAUUUUACCAGGGAUACCUGGUCUAAGGAUAAUCUAAUUAUAAACUAAUGAUAAUCUAAUGAUAAUCUUUUUCUCGUAAGGUGCACUACUUAACAUGAAGUCAUCAAUAUCGUCUGCAUCUCAAAUUAAACCCAUUUCUCCCUAUAGUGCACUUCUUUUGACCAGAGGUUCUCCUCCUCCUCUCUCUUCCUCCUCCUCUCUCUUCCUCCUCCUCUCUCUUCCUCCUCCUCCUCCAUCUCUUCCUCCUCCAUCUCUUCCUUCUCCUCCUCUUUUCUCUCCUCCUGCCUCCUCUUCUCUCCUCCUCUCAUUUUUCCUCCUCCUCCUCCAUCUCUUCCUUCUCCUCUUCCAUUUCUUCCUUCUCCUCCUCCUCUUCCUCAUCCUCCUCCAUUUCUUCCUUCUCCUCUUCUUCCUCCUCCUCCUCCAUUUCUUCCUUCUCCAUCUCCUCUUCCUCCUCCAUCUCUUCUUCCUCCUCCUCCAUCUCUUCCUCCUCCUCCUCCUCCAUUCUUUCCUUCUCCUCCUCCAUCUCUUCCUCCUCCUCCAUCUCUUCCUCCUCCAUCUCUUCUCCUCCUCCUCCUCCAUUUCUUCCUUCUCCUCCUCCUCUUCCUUCUCCUCCUCCUCUUCAUCCACAGAUCCCCAGGUCCUCUCAGUCUCCUUCCCCAUAGCCCCAGGCUCUGGGUCCAGUAGUUGUUCAGGUUCCGGGACAGUCUCAUCAUUCGACCGGUUCACAGACGCCGCUGCCGUAGAGGAGACCCUACGUGAACGCUGUCUGGCGUGCGUACGUGACAUCAUCACCUGCGUGCGCUCAGAACUGAGGGCGGCCUCACCUGGCGUCACCUCACCUGUUGGCUCCUCCCCCAGACCCGCCCGUCUCAGCUCGGUGCUCUUCAUGGCCCGCCUCUGUCAGUCCCUCAGCAAGCUCUGCCCCAACCUCAGGCAGUGCAUCCUGGGUAAACAGGGCGGGGCUGCGGCUGACCCUGUCACCAGGGGAACACCCCGCCAAAGCAGGAAGUUGGGGAAGGCGGCUGCCAAGGCGACGGAGGUUAGCCCCGCCCAGGCUAAGUGGGCGUGUCUGAAAGAGGAGCUUCUGGAUGUCAGUAUGGAAGCAUAUCGGAUAUGGAGCUCCACCCUCUCUAAGGUGAGAGGGGUUACUUGGAGGGAUAGUUAACCACUAAAUCAAAGUUUGUCAGAAAUUUCCAGGGGCUGUUUAAACAUCAUUUACAUUUACAUUUUAGUCAUUUAGCAGACGCUCUUAUCCAGAGCGACUUACAGUUAUCUCAGAGUUGGAGUGUGGCUCUAGGAUCAGUAUUGCCUUUUAGAUCAAAAUUAAUUACAUGGACAGGUGGGACCUGAUCCUAGAUCAGAACUACUCUAUGACUCUGAAUACUGGCCCUUUUAAUAAUAAAAAUAUUUUUUUUUUUUUUUUUUUUUUUCGAUUACAUGGAUAGGGGGACCUGAUCCUAGAUCGGAACUCCUACUCUAUGACUCUGAAUACUGGCCCUUUUAGAUUACAUGGAUAGGUGGGGACCUGAUCCUAGAUCAGCACUCCUACUCUACGACUCUGAAUACUGGCCCUUUUAGAUUACAUAGAUAGGUGGGGACCUGAUCCUAGAUCAGCACUCCUACUCUACGACUCUGAAUACUGGCCCUUUUAGAUUACAUGGAUUGGUGGGGACCUGAUCCUAGAUCAGCACUCCUACUCUACGACUCUGAAUACUGGCCCUUUUAGAUUACAUGGAUAGGGAGACCUGAUCCUAGAUCAGAACUCUGAGAGGCUUGAUACAUACAGAGUUUUGGGGUCUGAGAAUGUCAGACAAACUGAAAUCACAAGCCAGUCUUUUUAGACCGAGCUGUCCUUCAUUUGUUGUCAUGUCUUUAGUAACUUCCCCCCUGGUCUCCCUCUCUCUCCAAGGCGCUGGUGGGUCGGUUUGCGACCUCGCUGCACGUAGAGUCCGCCGGGGCUAUCCUAGCAAACGCCACCAACUGGGAGGAGCUAGAGAUCCAGGAAGAGGCGGAGUCAGGGAGCAGCGUCACCUCCAAAAUCAGAAUUCCUGUCCAGGUGAGAGUGAUGUUAUGACAUCAUCGCUCAGCUCAGCAGGACAUGACCAGUAGUGUCUCUCAGACAGGAGAAACUCUCAGCAGGACAUGACCAGUAGUGUCUCAGACAGGAGAAAGGUUUUUUAAAAUAGAAAAUGAACAUUGAGAUGGUACAAUAUUAUCUCUCUCUCUCUCCCUCCAUAGCCGUCGUGGUUUGUCCAGUCUCUGCUGUUCCAGCUGUGUCUGGAGGUGAAUGGUGUAGGGGGACAUGCUCUGCCCCGACCCACCCUACAGGAGUUACUACAAGGCUGCAUGGACCUGGUGCUGCAGGAGUACCAGAGCCUCACACACACCACACAGGACAAGGUAACACACACACAGGACAAGGUAACACACACACCACACACACACACACACACACAGGACAAGGUAACACACACACACUCCCUCACACACCACACAGGACAAGGUAACACACACACACCCUCACACACACACACACACACACACACACACACACACACACACACACACAGGACAAGGUAACACACACACACCCUCACACACCACACAGGACAAGGUAACACACACACACACACACACACACACACACACACACACACACACACACACACACACACACAGGACAAGGUAACACACACACACACCCUCACACACCACACAGGACAAGGUAACACACACACCCUCACACACCACACAGGACAAGGUAACACACACACACCGCACACAUGGCUGACUUAACACUGUAAUCAUAUACAGUGAGGGGAAAAAGUAUUUGAUCCCCUGCUGAUUUUGUACGUUUGCCCACUGACAAAGAAAUGAUCAGUCUAUAAUUUUAAUGGUAGGUUUAUUUGAACAGUGAGAGACAGAAUAACAACAAAAAUGUUAUAAAUUGAUUUGCAUUUUAAUGAGGGAAAUAAGUAUUUGACCCCCUCUCAAUCAGAAAGAUUUCUGGCUCCCAGGUGUCUUUUAUACAGGUAAUGAGCUGAGAUUAGGAGCACACUCUUAAAGGGAGUGCUCCUAAUCUCAGCUUGUUACCUGUAUAAAAGACACAUGUCCACAGAAGCAAUCAAUCAAUCAGAUUCCACUCUCCACCAUGGCCAAGACCAAAGAGCUCUCCAAGGAUGUCAGGGACAAGAUUGUAGACCUACACAAGGCUGGAAUGGGCUACAAGACCAUCGCCAAGCAGCUUGGUGAGAAGGUGACAAGUUGGUGCGAUUAUUCGCAAAUGGAAGAAACACAAAAGACCUGUCAAUCUCCCUCGGCCUGGGGCUCCAUGCAAGAUCUCACCUCGUGGAGUUGCAAUGAUCAUGAGGAAUUAGCCCAGAACUACACGGGAGGAUCUUGUCAAUGAUCUCAAGGCAGCUGGGACCAUAGUCACCAAGAAAACAAUUGGUAACACACUACGCCGUGAAGGACUGAAAUCCUGCAGCGCCCGCAAGGUCCCCCUGCUCAAGAAUGGCACAGUUUGCCAAUGAACAUCUGAAUGAUUCAGAGGAGAACUGGGUGAAAGUGUUGUUGUCAGAUGAGACCAAAAUCGAGCUCUUUGGCAUCAACUCAACUCGCCGUGUUUGGAGGAGGAGGAAUGCUGCCUAUGACCCCAAGAACACCAUCCCCACCGUCAAACAUGGAGGUGGAAACAUUAUGCUUUGGGGGUGUUUUUUUUUUUUCUGCUAAGGGGACAGGACAACUUCACCGCAUCAAAGGGACGAUGGACGGGGCCAUGAACCGUCUAAUCUUGGGUGAGAACCUCCUUCCCUCAGCCAGGGCAUUGAAAAUGGGUCGUGGAUGGGUAUUCCAGCAUGACAAUGACCCAAAACACACGGCCAAGGCAACAAAGGAGUGGCUCAAGAAGAAGCACAUCAAGGUCCUGGAGUGGCCUAGUCAGUCUCCAGACCUUAAUCCCAUAGAAAAUCUGUGGAGGGAGCUGAAGGUUCGAGUUGCCAAACGUCAGCCUCGAAACCUUAAUGACUUGGAGAAGAUCUGCAAAUUGGAGUGGGACAAAAUCCCUCCUGAGAUGUGUGCAAACCUGGUGGCCAACUACAAGAAACGUCUGACCUCUGUGAUCGCCAACAAGGGUUUUGCCACCAAGUACUAAGUCAUGUUUUGCAGAGGGGUCAAAUACUUAUUUCCCUCAUUAAAAUGCAAAUCAAUUUAUAACAUUUUUGACAUGCAUUUUUCUGGAUUUUUGUUUUGUUAUUCUGUCUCUCACUGUUCAAAUAAACCUACCGUCUCUCUCUCUCGCUUUCCCCAGGACUGUCCGUUCCCUAUGACCCAGAACAGAUCUCUACAGCUGUUGUUUGACCUGAGAUAUCUCACUGCUACCCUGAGUACUAGACUAGAGGAGGGCAAGGGCUUCCGCUCUCACCAAGACCCCAGGUACACACACACACACACACACACUUUCAAUGCCCUGGUAUCACUGGUUGUAACAUUAACCUACUGGUCUCUCUGUAUGUUACAGGGUCUACUAACCUCCUGGUCUCUCUGUAUGUUACAGGGUCUAGUAACCUCCUGGUCUCUCUGUAUGUUACAGGGUCCUGUAACCUCCUGGUCUCUCUGUAUGUUACAGGGUCUACUAACCUCCUGGUCUCUCUGUAUGUUACAGGGUCCUGUAACCUCCUGGUCUCUCUGUAUGUUACAGGGUCCUGUAACCUCCUGGUCUCGCUGUAUGUUACAGGGUCUACUAACCUCCUGGUAUCUCUGUAUGUUACAGGGUCCUGUAACCUCCUGGUCUCUCUGUAUGUUACAGGGUCCUGUAACCUCCUGGUCUCUCUGUAUGUUACAGGGUCCUGUAACCUCCUGGUCUCUCUGUAUGUUACAGGGUCUAGUAACCUCCUGGUCUCUCUGUAUGUUACAGGGUCUACUAACCUCCUGGUCUCUCUAUAUGUUACAGGGUCCUGUAACCUCCUGGUCUCUCUGUAUGUUACAGGGUCCUGUAACCUCCUGGUCUCUCUGUAUGUUACAGGAUCCUGUAACCUCCUGGUCUCUCUGUAUGUUACAGGGUACAGUAACCUCCUGGUCUCUCUGUAUGUUACAGGGUCUACUAACCUCCUGGUCUCUCUAUAUGUUACAGGGUCCUGUAACCUCCUGGUCUCUCUGUAUGUUACAGGGUCCUGUAACCUCCUGGUCUCUCUGUAUGUUACAGGGUCUACUAACCUCCUGGUAUCUCUGUAUGUUACAGGGUCUACUAACCUCCUGGUCUCUCUGUAUGUUACAGGGUCUACUAACCUCCUGGUCUCUCUGUAUGUUACAGGGUCCAGUAACCUCCUGGUCUCGCUGUAUGUUACAGGGUCUACUAACCUCCUGGUCUCUCUGUAUGUUACAGGGUCCUGUAACCUCCUGGUCUCUCUGUAUGUUACAGGGUCCAGUAACCUCCUGGUCUCUCUGUAUGUUACAGGGUCCAGUAACCUCCUGGUAUCUCUGUAUGUUACAGGGUCCUGUAACCUCCUGGUCUCUCUGUAUGUUACAGGGUCCUGUAACCUCCUGGUCUCUCUGUAUGUUACAGGGUCUACUAACCUCCUGGUCUCUCUGUAUGUUACAGGGUCCAGAAGGUUUGUGAUUCGCUGGAGAGCUACAUUGACCCCUUUGACCUGGAUGUGUUCACGCCGCCACUCAACAGCAACCUCAACCGCCUAUCACAGAGGAGUUCGGUACGAAUGGCCCCGCCCCCUGACACUCUAAUGUGA